AUGGCACAAUCCGGUAAUAGCUUGUCUCCCACAGAUGGCAUCGCUAUAAUCCUCGUUGUGGUCGGACUGACGCUGCCAGCUCUCUGUCUCAUCGGGUGCAUUGUUUCGUGUUAUGGGUGCAAUAUACUACUGAGGAUUUACGCCACCAUCCUGAUUGUUUUACUUGUGGCACAAAUAGUCGUUGUCUACGUGGUCUUCUCUGAUCCCACCAGAUUUACUUCUCUGAUUGUUAGCUCAUUGGAAACCCUCCUCCAAUGUUAUGCAUGUCCAAAGUACUGUUUCAAAGCAGACAAGGACUGUUUGAUUACUGAAGCAUUAGCUAACCCUCCUCGAGCCGAUGCUGUUCGUGUCCCCACGCUGAUUGUGCACAUAGCUGGAAGCGAAGUGACCAAUAAAGGCGAUGAUGUGGGAAACGACAAACACCCGUGGGACUGCAUUCUGUCUAUAUGCAUAAAUGGCAUCUCUCAAGAGCAUCCACUACAGAAUGGCAUCGCUAUAAUCCUCGUUGUGGUCGGACUGACGCUGCCAGCUCUCUGUCUCAUCGGGUGCAUUGUUUCGUGUUAUGGGUGCAAUAUACUACUGAGGAUUUACGCCACCAUCCUGAUUGUUUUACUUGUGGCACAAAUAGUCGUUGUCUACGUGGUCUUCUCUGAUCCCACCAGAUUUACUUCUCUGAUUGUUAGCUCAUUGGAAACCCUCCUCCAAUGUUAUGGUGAAACAGAUGAUGAAGGAAAAAUGUCAUCUGCUAUCUGCAACGUAGCUAUAAUGGUCCGACAUGUUACGGCAUGGAUGGCUAGGGCGAUUUUCGUACGUUCAAGAAAUAUCUACCAUUUCUCUUACAGUUUUGUGCGCAUUUAUUAUUUCUCCAUCUCUGCAGACAAACUGAACAAUUCUUUACCGCCACCAUGUUGUCAUGUGACGUCUGAUGCUUGCAAUGCUAAGGCAGCCCAAAACACCAGUAUGCCGGGAUGCAGAGACAAAAUUGUCAAAUUUACCACGGACAACAUGAUGACAUUUUUGUAUAUGUCCAUUGUUGCCAUUCUGUUGAAGGCUGCACUCAUCGUAGUUGUGAUGCUCGCAAUUUGUUUGUAA